GUCAACUCAACUGUCACUUUCUUGCAGACAACAAAGUCAUAACACAACACAAUAUUUGUUGUGCAAAAAAAUAUUAUUUCAACGCCGUAGGCUAAUGUAUUUUAUUUUCAAAUAAUUUAGGAUAGAAAAUGGCAGGGGAAGUGAUCGUGGAUGCUCUACCGUACAUUGAUCAAGGAUACGAUGACCCCGGAGUCAGAGAAGCGGCGUUGGCUAUGGUAGAGGAGGAAUGUAGAAGGUACAGACCGACUAAGAAUUAUCUUGAAAACACUGGACCAGAACUGAGCACAGCAUUUGAGACCCCUGCCUUGCAGCGGGAGAUGGAAAGGGUGCAACAAAGAUUGCCAAUGGAGCCACUUUCUAUGAAAAGAUAUGAGUUGCCACCACCACCAGCUGGAAGGCUAGGUGAACCAACAGCCUGGUCGGAAGCAGUAGACAACUCCCAUGCACAGCUGUCUCACCAGGCAACGAGAGUACUCAACUUGGAGCUGCAGUUACAUUAUGGGACUGAGGCAUGGAGAUCAUAUCUAAAUGUUCUCCAAGCUCUGGUCUCUCGGUCACAGAAUGAGCACACACAAUUAAGGAAGCAAAUAGCGACAGUAAACUGGGAGCGCAAGCGGUCGCAAACGGCGAGUGGGGCGCGGCUGCGUGCGCUGCGCCGUCGCUGGGCGCAGCUCGUCUCGGACAACUACCGCCUCGAGCGUGCCAUCAUGCACCUGGAGAUACAAUUGGAAAAGGCUAAAGGACAAACGGCCGCUGAGGAUGGUGAAGGUGCAGACAUGGAAGCUGUCAAAUUGCUGCCAGACAAACUUAACUCUGAAACCGAGAAAGAAGUGCAAAAGAAAAUAGAAGAUAUGUUUGCUGAUUAGUAAAUAAAAUAAUGUAGCAAUUUUA